AUAUUUUUAAUUUAUUUAAAAAUUAUGUGUAUAUUUGGAAAAUUAUAUUUCAAACUAUAAAAAUUAAACAGUUCAUAAUUUAAGAUAUUUUUGCAAAAAAUUAGAUAAAGUUUUAGUACACUAAAUUAAUAAAUGGAAGAUAAACCUAAAUAAAACUUCGCAAGAAGAGAUCGUUUAGUCGAACUUGAAAAGUAAGCCUAAAAGAAAUGGGAAGAUGAAAAGACUUAUGAAUCUAACCCUAAUCCUGGAUAAAAGAAGUACUUGGUUACUUUCCCUUAUCCUUAUUUGAAUGGUAGAUUGCAUUUGGGACACAGCUAUACCAUGACUAAAGUUGAUUUCAUUGCUCGUUAUAAGCGUCUUAAUGGAUUUAAUGUCGUUUUCCCCUUCGGUUUCCAUUGCACCGGUUAGCCUAUUUCUGCUGCUGCCACCAAGCUUAGAAGAGAAAUAGAAGAAUAUGGUCUUCCUCCAGUUUUCCCCGAAGAAAAGAAGGAGCAAAGACAAUGGAAUAUCCUCAAGAAGAUGGGUAUCCCUGAUGAAGACAUUCCUAAAUUCUAAGAAGGUAAAUUCUGGUGUGGUUAUUUCCAUCCUUUUGCCACUUAAGAUUUGAAGUCUUUUGGUGUUGCUGUUGAUCACAGAAGAUCCUUUAUUACUACUGAUGUUAAUCCUUACUAUGACUCAUUCAUUCAAUGGUAGUUCACUCUUUUGAAAGAAAGAAACUAUAUUCGUUAUGGUAAGAGACCUUCCAUUUUCUCCGUCGCAGAUAAUCAAAUUUGUGCUGAUCACGACAGAGCUUAAGAAUCUGAAGGUAUUGGUCCAUAAGAAUACACUCUUAUUAAGUUGAAGGUUCUCGAAUUCCACGGAGCUUUGAAGGCUCUUGAAGGCAGAAACGUUUACUUGGCUGCUGCUACUUUGAGACCUGAAACUAUGUAUGGUUAAACUAACUGUUACAUUCUUCCUGAUGGUGUUUAUGGUGCUUUUGAAGUCACUAAUGAUGAAGUCUUUAUUGUUGCUGAAAGAGCUGCUAAGAAUAUGGCUUACUAAGAUUUGACUAAAGAAUAUGGUAAAUAUGUUAAAAUUAUGGAUAUUAAGGGUACUGAUUUGUUGGGCAUUCCUUUGAAGGCUCCUCUUUCCACCUACGAAAAGGUUUAUGCUCUCCCUAUGCUUACUAUUUCUAUGGAAAAGGGUACUGGUGUUGUUACUUCAGUUCCUUCUGACUCUCCUGAUGACUAUGCUGCUCUUAGAGAUUUGAAGAACAAGGCUCCUCUUAGAGAAAAGUAUGGAAUCAAAGAAGAACACGUAUUGCCAUUUGAACCUGUUCCUAUCAUUAACAUUCCUGAAUUGGGAGAUCUUGCUGCUAUUGUUGCUUGUGAAAAGCAUAAAGUAGCCUCUCAAAAUGAUAAAGAAAAUCUUAAAAAUGCUAAGGAUGAGUGUUACUUGAAGGGUUUCUAUGAUGGUGUUAUGAAAGUUGGUAAGUACGCAGGUGUUAAGGUUUAAGACGCUAAGAAUUUGGUAAAGAAUGAUAUGUUAGCCUCUGGUGAAGCCGCUAAGUACUGGGAACCUGAAGGAAAGGUCAUUUCCAGAUCUGGUGAUGAAUGUAUUGUUGCCCUCAUGGACUAAUGGUAUCUUGCUUACGAUGAAGAAGAAUGGAAGAAACCAGUUAGAGAUCAUGUUAAAAAUGUAUUCAAUUGUUACAACGAUAUCGUUCACAAGAGCUUCAUUGCUACUGUUGAAUGGUUGUAACAAUGGGGUUGUUCUCGUUCUUUUGGUCUUGGUAGUUACCUUCCUUUUGAUAAGAACUAUCUCGUUGAAUCUCUUUCUGAUUCCACCAUCUACAUGGCUUAUUACACUGUUGUUCACUUGUUACAAGGAAACGUUGUUGGUUCUCAAGCAGGUCCUCUAGGAAUUAACCCUGAUUAGAUGAACAGAGAAUUCUGGGACUACGUAUUCUUGAAUGCUCCUUAUUCUGAUAAGAUUAAAGUUGAAGAAGAAAAGAUUAAACAACUUAGAGAAUCCUUUAGAUAUUGGUAUCCUCUUGAUUUGAGAGGAUCUGCUAAGGAUUUGGUUAAGAACCACUUGACCAUGUGUAUUUUCAACCAUGCUGCCAUUUGGAAAGAUGAACCUAACAUGUGGCCUCGUUCAUUCUUUGUUAAUGGAUAUAUGCUUGUUGAUGGUGAAAAAAUGUCCAAGUAAAAGGGUAACUUCUUUACAUUGAAGGAUAUCGUCUCAAUGUACGGUGCUGAUGCUUGCCGUUUUGCUUUAUCUGAAGCCGGUGACACCCAAGAUGAUGCUAACUUCGAAAAGCAAGUUGCUGAUAACUCAAUUCUUAAAAUUUCUACUUUGGAAAUGUGGUUAAAGGAAUACAUUGCUAACCAUCAAAAUAGUAGAACUGAAAGCCCCAAUGAAAAUAUUACUUUCUUCGAUAAGGUCUUCGAAAAUUAAAUUAAGAAUCUCUAUGUCAACUGUAUAAAAUCUUAUGAAGAUAUGCGUUUCAGAGAUGUUGCUAAAUUCGGCUUCCACGAAUUCGGUACAAUCAAAGAAGAAUAUCUUAUCAAUUGUGGUACUUUUGGACCUCGUAAGGACCUUAUCCUUACCUGGAUUUAAUAUCAACUUUUGAUUAUGUAUCCCAUCAUUCCUCACUUCUGUGAAAUGGCUUGGGUUAUUUACUUCCUUCCUCUUGUUAACAACAGUGCAUAAUAUCCUGCUACUCUUUCCCAAGCAACUUUACCUGAAGUUAACGCUGCCAGUAUUGAUGCCAUCACUAUCCGUGCCUACAAUUGCUUAUAAUCUUUCUUGAGAAAUCUCCGUGUUACUUAUAAGAAAUCUACUCAAACUAAGAAGGGUGCCAAGGAUGUCACUUUCACAAAGGUUACUGUUAUUUAUGCUCCUAAGUAUCCUGAUUGGUAACAAUAUGUCUUAAAUAUCUUGAAUGAACAACUCGAAGGAAACAAGAUCAAGGAUGCUUGGAAGGUCAUCCUUAAGGAGAAGAUUACUGAUAAGAAUCUCUUAAGUAAAUCAUUGCAAUUUGCAUCUUUUGUUACCAAGGAAUUCGAAUAAGCAGGAAAAGAAGUUCUUGAAUCUACUCUUCCUUUCAACGAAAUUUAACUCUUAUAAGACAAUAAGCACUUGAUCCAAAAGGAACUCAAAAUCGAAGAUGUUAAUUUCAUUUCUGUAGAUCAAGCUGAAAGUCUUAAGGACAAGACUUACGCACAAGCUCUUCAAUCUUGUGUUCCAGGCAAGGCUCAAGUCGUUUUUGCUUGAAAACUUUAACAAAAAAUUUAUAAUUUAAAAUUAAAUAUUUUUAUUUAAAAUAAACAAUUAAAUGUCCGAUUUUUAUUGCCUGUUUACUUAUUUUUUAAAACUAU